CCAUUCAAAAUUAGUGAGGUAAGGGUUGUUUGGGUGCAUUGUUUAUUUGGAUUUCUUAUCAAAACAAAUUGUUCGGUUACUCUAAAUUGGUUCGUUUGAAUUAAGCUUGCUUUAUUUAAUAAUUUUUUUUAAAUUACUUUUGUGAAUGCGGUUUAAAUGAUGUGCUAACGAAUGUUACAGGCACCACAGUUCUGGUGACUACUUAUUAGGGCGCCUGUAGUAGUUUAUCUUUGUUUUCCAAACAAGUGUGUGAAAUUUUCUUCAUAUGUUGGCCCCCGGGCUGAGAAUUGUGCGAGGACCUGAUUGGAGUUGGGACAAUCAAGAUGGUGGAGAAGGGCAUGUUGGGACCGUAUGUGAAAUUGGAAAGGCUGCCAUCGGAGAAGUUGGGUGUCCUGAUAAAACUGUGGUUGUUCAAUGGGACAGUGGGAGCAGAACCAACUAUCGAGUGGGGUAUAUGGGAAAAUAUGACCUAAGAGUGAUCGAUAAUGCCCAAAUUGGUGUUAAGCAUACUAACAUUGUAUGCGACAGUUGCAAUAGCCAGGGAAUUUCCGGGAUGAGAUACAAAUGCCUGGUUUGCCACGAUUUUGAUCUGUGCUACAUAUGCUACCAUGGAAAUGCACAUGACGCUUCUCACCGAUUCAAAAGAUUUGAUACAGCUUCAUCAGCAGGGGUUGAAUUGCCCACUAGACAGAACGCAAGAAAGUGUGUCUUAAGUGGAAUUUUUGUAGACGCUAAAGUGGUAAGAGGCUACAACUGGGAAUGGGGCAAUCAGGACGGCGGAGAUGGAAAAAUUGGUAAGGUUGUGGAUAUACGUGGAUGGGACACUGAAAGCGCGAGAUCUGUUGCGAAAGUGCACUGGUUUUCUGGCAAAACGAAUGUAUAUAGAUUGUCCCAUAAAGGGAUUUGUGAUAUUCAGUACAUAGAGCCAUCGUCAGGGGGCAACUACUAUCCAGACCAUCUCCCCAUUUUAGGCCAAAUUCUGGAAUUAGCGGCUCCAAAGCCAUCUAGGCCUGCCCCAUUGCUAUUUGGUCUUGGUGAUAAAGUUCAGGUUUGUGUUACUGUCGAGCAGCUCAAAGGAUUGCAACAAGGACAUGGCGGUUGGAAUCCGAAAAUGGCAGAUUAUCUCGAACAGAUUGGAACAGUACAUCGAAUAACUGACAAGGGAGACAUAAGAGUUCAAUAUGAAGGAUGCAGCAACAGAUGGACCCUUCAUCCAGAUUCUUUACAGUUGGUUAACAGUUUUAAUGUAGGCGAUAUUGUCACUUUUAUAACCGAUAUUGAAACUGUGAAGGAACUGCAAAAAGGCCACGGUGACUGGAUACAAGUGAUGGAAAAUUCUUUGGGGAAAUUGGGCAAAGUGUUAAAAGUAUACUCAGAUGGCGAUCUAAGGGUCAAACUAGAUGGGCAUGUUUGGACACUGAAUCCCAUGUGCGUUAAACGAGUACCUGGAAGCGCAGCUGAAUUGGCGAACACGAUGAAUGCAAAUCAAAGACUGGAACCAACAAUCCAAUGGCACCCCGAAGUGCAUAAUGCAGCUAGUGGGGCAUCAGCUAGUACAUCCGCGGAUUCGCUGGUUCUUGCGGCCGCGCAGGGACAUUUGGAUGCCAUAAAACUCCUACUGGAUGGGACAAGUCGUGACAUACUAGACGCUCGAAGCAAUGGGAAAACAGCUUUGCAAGUGGCAUCGCAUCAGGGGCACUUGUCUAUAGUCAAACAUCUUUUACGAGCCGGCGCUAAUGUAAAUGCGAGCGACUCGGACGGAGAUACAUGUUUGCAUUACGCAGCUUUCGGAAAUAAACCUGAGAUUCUCAGCCUUUUACUAAAAGCUGGCGCAAACUUGAACGCCGUUAACCGAUGUGGGUGCACGUGUUUGCAUGUGGCGGCUCAUAAGCAGCCUGCAGAAUGUGCUCAACUUCUUCUAGCCGCCGGCGCCGAUCCCAAUAUACUUGAUAUGUAUGGGGAUACGGCGCUACACGAUGCCAUCGGCAAAGACUCUCUUCAGAUAAUUGAACUCAUAUGUACCACUCCAGGUGUCGAUUUUACUUUGCGCAAUAAAAGAGGAUUUAACGUGCUGCAUCACGCUGCCUUGAAAGGCAAAAAUGCGGCAACCAAACAACUUCUCCAUCACGCUCGUCAAUUGGUGGACGUGAAAAAAGACGAUGGAUUUUCCGCUCUUCAUUUGGCUGCUUUGAACGGACACAAAGACGUUGUAGAGACGCUGAUUAAAACAGGCAAAGCCGAGAUCGAUUUGCGAAAUAAUCGGAACCAAACCGCCCUUUUACUAGCUGUUAGUCAAGGCCAUUGUGAUGUAAUCGAGUUGUUGGUAAGCUUAAAAGCAGACAUUCAUGCAACAGAUGAAGAUGGUGAUAAUGCACUUCUUAUCGCAUUGCUGAAACGAAGUCAACUGGAAGGUGAAGUUACGGAAUCCAGCCCCGCUAUUAACUUGAUUUAUCAAAACACCAAAGUCCAUGAUCCUGGCCGUGCACUUGCAAUCGCCUGUUAUUUCAUUGAACAGGGUACGAACAUUGAGGCGGCAAACAAUAAGGGACAAACGGCGUUUAAUUUAGUGCGCGACGUAUAUUUGCAACAACUUUUCUCGUUUUACAUCCCCACGACUGAGACGAAUGACACUGAACUUGCUCAAGUGCUUUGUGAAAUUGUUUCCUUGUCCAUCAAUCCGGACAGAAUAGGGUACGGCAAUAAUGGGACCGAAAAUAAUCCUGUAAUAGAAGAACAAAAGACUGCACGAAAAAGUCGAAUUACUGCGCUAGAAUCGAGUAGUACUUUGCAAGGAAAUUCGCCCACCCAUAAAGGCCCGCUUUAUCAGAACGAAGAUGUUCUGACUAAAAACACCGAAUGUUUAGUUUGCUCGGAAGAGACCGAUGAAAAUGUCACGUUAGAACCCUGUGGUCAUAAGCCUGCUUGUGAAGACUGUUCAGCACGCAUGAAAAAAUGCCUAGUUUGUGGGGAAUUCGUGCAGAAACGUGUGACCAAAGAUGGUCAUAUCAUUCCCGGGAAAAGCCGACAACCCAGUGCCGAAAGGAUGAAAUAUUUAGAAAGCAAAAUAGCUGAAAUUGAAGAAAGCAAUGCCUGCAGUAUUUGCAUGGAACGGAAGCGAAACGUAGUGUUUCUUUGUGGCCAUGGUACUUGUCACAAGUGCGCGGAUACGCUCAAAAGAUGCCAUAUGUGUAGAAAAACUAUUACCAAGAAGAUUCCUAUUUACUGACUCUGAGUAUUAUGUUUAUUUGUUGUAUCAGUUUAUAGAUUUAAGCAAACAUUUAUCUUAUGUAUCGUCUAUAUCAAGUAACUGUGAUUUAUGUAUAACUUUGUGUCAUUUUUUCCACUAGAGUUUUAAUGGAAUACAUUUUUACUAUAGACAAAGA